CGGACAAGACCAACUCGUCAACACAACACUCGCCAUGGCGUCCACCUUCCGCGAGCACUGCGUCUUCUGUCAGAUUUGUGGAGAGAACCCCGCCGGCACGGAGCUGCUCGUGUCCGCGGAGGACUUGGUGGCGAUCCGGGACAUCCGGCCGAUCGCCAAGCACCACUUCUUGGUGGUGGCGCGGGAGCACAUCCGCAACGUCAAGUCGCUGACGAAGGAACACAAGCCCCUGCUGCAGAGGAUGGUCAGUGUGGCAGAGCAGGUGCUCCGGGACCACAACGCCGACAUGGCGGACUACACACUGGGCUUCCACUGGCCACCCUUCUGCUUCUACGCCCACCUCCACCUCCAUGUCUUUUCCCCAACAACUGGCAUGAAGCUCAUCAACCGCAUAUUUUUUAAAGAGAACUCUUGCUGGUUUGUCUCACCUGAGUUUGUCAUGUCCAAACUCGAGUGUCAGUAACUGUUUUUAAUUUAGACUGUACCUGUGGCUGACUGAAACUGUUUGCUCAUAUAUGAUAAGGUAAAACAAAAAAUAUACAUUAUGAUUUACUGAAA